UAAAACCUCUGAAAUUCUUUAUGAAAAAGAAAAGGAAAUGAAACUGCAACGCCGUUUGUUCCUUCACAACAUUCAUCGCCUCCAAAAGCUCUUCUUCUCUGCUCCAUCAUGGCCCAUGCCAUCUUCAUCUCCUUUCUCUACCAGCAUCAGCCCUCACCCCGUUCCCACCCGAACCAAAAUUUCCAUCGUCUCCAAUUUCCUCAAAAACUCAGCCAUUUCAUCUCUCGACUCACCUCUGGACCAAACGGGGGUAGACCCAGAUACCUCUCUUAUCUCUUCUCCAAAUUUGUUGCAUGAUUUAUUUCUCUGGGCUGAAAAGAAACCUGGAUUGGAAUCCUCUGCGACGUUGUUUGAUUCGAUGAUCAAUAUUCUUGGUAAAGCUAGGGAGUUUGAGAAGGCAUGGAAUUUGGUUCUUGAUGAGAUCGGUGAUGGAAAAACGGUUUCCACUUUGGUUUCUAUUAAUACCUUCGUAAUCUUGAUCAGACGCUACGCUCGCGCUGGUAUGCCUCAUCCUGCUAUCCGUACAUAUGAAUUCGCUUGCAGUUUAGAUCAGAUUUACCAUUCUGAUUUGAAAACUGAAGUGUUUGAAAUAAUGUUGGAUUGCCUUUGUAAGGAAGGGUAUGUUAGGUUGGCAUCUGAAUAUUUCACUAGAAAGAUGGAAUCUGAUCUUUGUUGGUUUCCAUCAAUCAAGGUUUAUAACAUAUUAUUGAAUGGAUGGUUUCAUUCGAGAAAUCUCGAAUAUGCAGAGAGAUUUUGGUUGGAUAUGAAAAAGGCUGGUGUAUCACCUAGUGUUGUAACAUAUGGUAUUCUUGUAGAAGGAUAUUGUAUGAUGCAUUGUGUUGAUAGGGCGAUGGAAUUGGUUGAUGAAAUGAAGGUAGUCGGACUUAAGUUGAAUUCUCAAGUAUAUAAGCCAAUUAUCAAUGCAUUGGGUGAAGCCGGUAGGUUAAAGGAGGCGUUAGGGAUGAUGGAAAGGGUAUUGUUGUGUGAAUCCGGCCCUGAUAUUUCCAUGUAUAAUUCUUUAGUGAAAGGUUAUUGCAAGGCUGGAGAUGUAAUAGGUGCUAGUAAGAUACUUAAGAUGAUGAUUAGCAGAGGUUUCAUCCCAACCACUACAGCCUACAAUUAUUUCUUUAGGUACUUCUCACAACUUGGGAAAAUCGAGGAAGCUAUGAAUCUUUAUACGAAGAUGAUUCGAUCCGGUCACACCCUGGAUCAGCUUACGUACCGUCUUUUGUUGAAGAUGCUGUGUGAGGAGGAGAGGUUGGACUUGGCAAUUCAGGUUAGCAAAGAAAUGAGAUUGAGGGGAUACAACAGGGAUUUUGCUACUAGUACCUUGUUGAUUAAUUUUCUAUGCAAAAUGCAAAGGUUUGAAGAUGCUUUUGCAGAAUUUGAGGACGUGAUACAAAGAGGUAUGGCUCCGCAAUAUAAUACUUUCCAGAGAAUAAAUGAUGAGCUAAAGAAAAAUGGAAUGACGGAGAUGGCAAGGAAAUUAUGUGAUAUGAUGAGUUUGAUCCGUUCUUCCAAACAAUUACCUAAUACCUAUGUUGAAGACGAGGACUCAUCUCGAGCAAGGAGGAAAUCAACAAUUCGGAAAGCUGAAGCAAUGGCUGAUAUGCUUAAGACAAGUACAGAUCCAAGGGAACUUGUUAAGCAUAGAACUUUAUCUGAAAAUGCUGUAUCGAGAGCAGGCCGGUUGAUCGAGAAUAUUAAGAAAAGAGCUAAGGACACAAGUUUGAACCGUUAAUGCCUAAGACCAAGGUAAAAAAGGCAAAGAUUAGAGCAAGCUUCAAGAAAUAAUCGAUGCAUGCAGUUGUUUCUAGAUAACAUAUGUUAUCUUAGCUGCCAGGGAGAACUUAUGGGAAACCAGUUAUGGAGAAUUAUGUUUUGCAAUUAAGAUAUAAGAUGGUAUAUGUGAUGUACUGUUAUGAAAGCUUGUUUAAUUUUGAGCAUGGGGAAACAAGCAGUGUCAUUGAAAAUGAAAAGACCAUUUUUGUACUGCACAGACUGGGAUGUCGACACAGUUAUAGCAAACAUUGAUGUGCAAGCUGGAGCAAUCAGUAAAAAUACUAUGGAGGCUCAUGUACUAAAAGUUGAAUUAUAUUUUGCUCUUGGGCAAAUUUAGUUCAUUUACGUUAGAGUAAAUAGUAAAUUGGUCCUGUUAAAAAUUAGUCUCGAUACACUAGCAUGAGGUACAUAUGGCACACCACAUGUAACUGUUAGGUUAUUCCGUCAUUUACGCCAGUUUUUAAUAGUAAAAAUUAAUGAAAUUUUUAACAAUAAAGACUAGUUUAUUCAUUGAAAUAAUGUACAGAAACUAGUUCGCCCAUUUUUAAGUAAA